AUGGGAUCGAAAGAUUUGUCCACGUCUGGAGCACUGGUUGGGCGAUCUGCUGGUAAACCACCUUCGGAGGAGGAGGACCUCAACAACGAUCAGAUUGCAAUGUUGCUUUAUCUCAUUUCCUCUGUUUCUUCUGCUCUCGCUCUCUCACUCUCUCUAGUCCUGCAGAAGGCAUUCAACAGCUUCGAUCGCGAGAAGACGGGCAGUAUCUCAUCCGAUAUGGUGGCGGAAAUCCUACGACUGAUGGGUCAACCCUUCAACAGCAAGAUUCUCGAGGAGAUGAUCGAGGAAGUUGACGAGGACAAGUCGGGACAGAUUGAGUUCGCCGAGUUCGUGACCCUUGCCGCCAAGUUCAUCGUGGAGGAGGACGAGGAGGCGCUGCAGAAGGAGCUCCGGGAAGCGUUCCGUCUGUACGAUAAGGAGGGCAACGGGUUCAUUCCGACCACCUGUCUGCGGGAGAUCUUGCGCGAGCUGGACGAUCAGCUUACGGACGAGGAUCUGGACAUGAUGAUCGAGGAGAUCGAUUCGGACGGCUCCGGUACGGUUGAUUUUGAUGAGUUUAUGGAGAUGAUGACCGGCUAG